AUGCCUAACGUUUGGUUAAUGCGCCGUCGUCGAAUACGACCAUUGAUCCUUCCAUCUCGAUGUAAACAAUCACUAAAACCGCCUCGAAAGAAAUAUUUACUCUUAAUCAAACUAAUGAAAUUAUUUGCCGCUAUUCUCGUACUUUUGAUGAUUGGUGCUUUCACAGUAGUAACAACUCUGCAAGACUCGAACAGUACACGCUAUCAACGAGAAGCUGAUUUAACACGAAUGGAACGUCAAGGACAACUACAGGAAGCAACUGAAAAACGUCAGAAUAUUGCAGAUUUAGCGAAACUUCAUGAACAACAAGAUUACAAUGAUCGAGUCGCAAAAGGAUUACGUAUGCAAAAUGUUUACGAUGCGUAUAUGCGCGGUUUAGCCAGCAUCAUUCUCAAACCGAAUAUCAAUUUAACAUCUUCUGAACUUUUAUUUGCUCGAUCGAGAACUUUAUCAGUUCUAGAUCAGAUCGAUCUAAAACGGAAAUGGUAUUUAAUUAAAUUUCUUUAUGAUAGUGAACUUUUGUACGUCAGGGAUGUUGGUUAUCGAUUUGUUGAUUUAGGCGGGGCUGAUUUAUCCAAUGUCACAUUUGAAUUCUAUCAAAGCAAUCUCAGUGGAUUACACUUUAAUAAUUGUCAUUUCGAACAACUUCGCUUCGAUCAAGCCGAUUUGCAAAAUACUCAAUUCAAUUCUGUACCGAGUUCAAGUAAGAUUGACUUUCGUCGUGUCAAUUUAAUUGGUUCAAAUUUCAAUACACCAUAUAAGACUUAUGUGAAUAUAUCUGAUUCUUUUUUACCAAAUGUAAUAUUUAUAACAUCGUUCCGUUCAUUCGGAGUGAAUUUGCUUCAGAAUGGUGGUGCUGAAGAAGGAGAAUGUUAUGGUAAUCCAUACGGAAAUUUCACUGGAAGAAAGACUCCUCUUGGUUGGCAGCGAUGUGGAGAUGCUUUUCAAGUCCUUUACAAUGCUAGUGGUUGGAAAAUCGAUGGAAUGAAUAAGGAUUUGGAGUCAUGCCUGUUCUGCGCUGUUGUCCAACGUACAAAUACGUCUGGUGCACUGUGGCAGGAACUGAUGUGGCUUCAUUGGCGAUGUUAA